AUGGCUUCUUCAUCCUCUACAGAGUUCGCCCAAGUCAAGAAAGAAUAUGACGAGCAAGCACCUUCGUACAAUGCCCUCCUGAAACUUCCCUUUGGAGUCCUGGAGUCUCAACUCUUUAUAUCAGCGGCAGCUGGCGAUGGAUUCUGUAAGAAUGCAUCUGUUCUUGACCUUGGUGGCGGAACGGGCCUUCGUGCGCGCCAGGUGCUCGAAGCCGGUGCAGCGAGAGAAAGCGGUCGGCUUCGCUGGUUUCACGGGGACGUCUCCAGGCCGCUCUUUGGCGAGCAAGGAGUUGUUGGACUCUGCCCGCCCUACGACCUGGUCAUGGCAAACUGGAUUUUCGACCAUAUCGACAGCCCCGAUGUUCUCAAGGCUUUGUGGCGCAAUAUUGCCGCCGCGGUGCGUCCGGGCGGUCGGUUUGUGGGCGUGCGAGCUUGUGAUCCGCGUUGUGAGGCCAUGAAAACCGGCAAAUACGGACCGACUUGCCAGGACUUUGUUGAGUUUUCAGGUGGGAUCUACUAUAGUUCUACAAUCCCCGUGUCCGGGGCCCCGUCGGUCCAUCUCGAGAAUGCGUCGCUUGAGGUGAGCUACUCCGGCUCCACGGAGAUGCAUGAACGCUACGGUUUCUGCGAUGUCAAGAGCGAGCCAUGCGAGAAUGCUGAGAUUGUCAAAUCAGAUCCCGGAUUCUGGCAAUUAUGGAUUGAACGUCCAGGUUUUGUGGUUGUGAAGGCACAGAAGAGGUUGAAUCGGCAGCAAUGA